CUGAAAGUACAGCCUGACGUCUCACAGUUCAGCCUGAGCAGCUGCUGGAGCUACAAAGCCUUUUUUCCUCUUCUGUCAGCAUGGGUGUGAUAUGGCUUCCCAACCCGUCUAGGAUCCUGUGUUUUUCUUUUCACAUUAUUCUCAUUCUGCUUCAACAGACUACUGCAGCACGAGAACUGAAGUUUGUGGUUGUAGUUUUCCGACAUGGUGACCGAACGCCAAUUGUAAACUUUCCAACUGAUCUACACAAAGAAAGCGAAUGGCCCCAGGGGUUUGGACAGCUCACCAAGAUUGGAAUGCAGCAGCUAUUUGAACUUGGACAGUACAUGAGGGAAAGAUAUUCCAGCUUCUUGAACAGCACAUACAACCGGCAAGAGUUUUACAUCCAAAGUACAGAUUAUGAUCGCACCAUUAUGAGUGCCCAGUCAUACCUUUCCGGCCUCUUUCCACCAACUAGCAGCCAAAUUUGGAACCCUGAGCUUCUCUGGCAACCCAUUCCAGUUCAUAUUUUUCAAAAAUCAGCAGAGCAGAGGCUGAAUUUUCCUCUGCCCAACUGUCCCCGUUUUGAUGAACUUCAGCAAGAAACACAAACAUCUAAAGAAUUUCAAAAUAGAAUACAACCAUACAUGGGUUUUUUACAAACAAUGGCCGUUAACACAGGGCUUGAACUAAACCAUCUUAAAAUACUGGACAAUUUCCAGCUCUGGAAUACAUAUGAUACUCUACUUUGUGAGGGUAUUCACAAUUACACUCUCCCUGUAUGGGCCACCAAAGAUGUAAUUGACAAGAUGGAAAAACUGGCAGAAUUGUCCUUACUCUCAUUAUUUGGGGUUUAUAAAACAGAAGAGAAAUCACGACUACAAGGAGGUGUCCUUGUGAAUAUUAUUUUAAACAGUAUUAAACAAGCUGUCAAUUCUUCAAAACCAAGAAAAAUGGAGGUCUACUCUGCACAUGACACCACACUUGGGGCCCUCCAGAUUGCUCUCAAUAUUUUCAAUGGAAAACUGCCACCAUAUGCUGCUUGCCAGUUUUUUGAACUCUACCAAGAAAGCAAUGGGCAAUAUAGCAUCGAAAUGCAUUAUCGGAACGACACUUCAAAGGAUCCUUAUCUCCUCACUUUGCCAGGGUGCACCUCUUCUUGUCCACUUGAGAAGUUUGCUGAACUAGUUUCUCCUGUGAUUACAGAAAACUGGUCAAAAGAAUGUGGGAAGAAAGACAAAAUGAAAGAUAUUUUCAUUGGAUUUAAUGUUGCUGUUGGCUUGUUGUCCAUUUUUAACCUUGUACUGCUCUACCUCCUUUAUCAUUAUGGACAAUGCAGGCACAGAAACAAUUACCAAGACAUUUAAACUGGAGGUACAAAAAUGAAAGAGAGAGCAGCUAGACAUCAAGAAAUACUUGAAGUUUCUGAUAUCCAUCAGUUUGCUCAGUCAAAAUAAUCUCCAAAGCAUAUUCAAUAAACCUGAACAGCUGAGGUAUCUGUGGCCUAGCUCCUAAAAUUCUAAAUGCCUGCAGUGAAAAAUGCUGUAGAAAUACAUUAUUUUAGGAAUUACUGGAUGGAUGGAAUUACUCCAAUUUAUAUCUUUAUUCUACUACUUCUAUUAAUCAAUCUUACAUCAACCAGUGGGGUGAAGGAAUGCUAUUGCCUAUGCUGGUUUUUUUACAUUGCCUAUUACCAUUUAGCCCUCUGCUGCUCAGCAAGUCUUUCUUCAAAACUGCAGUCUGUAAUAUUUACCUUACUUCCCAUAAAUGGCUAUUUUGUUGAUGCACAGGAAAAUGUUUUUAGGGAGCAGAGGCUGCAAUUACUGUAUGAAAAAGACUCAUACCACCAUUUGGACAUACUGUUUCUGCCUUUAUUCAUGCAAAUUUAUGUAUGAUUUUUGACCUUGGCCUUCAGCUAAUAAAAGUCUUCAGCCUGCUCUCUAAAGGAGUUCUCCUCUACAGCUCUCACUGAAAUGAGUAGAACUGGGAUAAUCUCUGUCACAUAUCCAGGCAUCAAGCAAGAAGCUUAUUGCAACAGCAUCUUGGUCAGUGUCUGUAACUUCAAUAAUAUGGAUAAGUAAAUACAUUAAAACCUAUUUUCUGUUGCUACACUGUUUUCCUAUUUUUCUAACCUCCCAGUCAUGAAUGAUCUUUUGCUCUGCAUCUUUUCUAUAAUGCCUUUGUUCUCUGUCCUGCCACAGGUCCCUUCUAUAAUUUUAUUUCUUUGAGCCACUCUUAGAAUAAUUCCUCAAACUACCCCUCUCUUCAUUAUCUUUGAUUUUAAAUAACAAUAACUCCUUUAACUCCUUGCUCUGUUCACAAUCCCAUAUGUUAGCAAGACAUACACUAAAAGUAAGAAAACAAUGAUUCUGCUUUUUUUAUGUUGAUCUCUUCUGUGCAAUGUAUUUUGUUUAGAUUGUAAGCUUUUAAUGCUAGGGAAUGUGUUUCUGUAACUGCUCUUUAGUGUCACAAACUAUAUGCAUAAUAAGCAUUAAUAUUGCUGUAUAAAAUCCUACUUAUUGUCAUAUGUUUCAAGACUGAAUCAAGACUUUUUCAUCCUGUAGUCUUGCAAAGCAUACUGUGAAUUACAAUACCAUGGAGAAGUCUCUUUAAAAACCAAGACAACCAUACAAACAAGUGCCAACAGCAGGGUCAGGCCAACAGAUAUGAUGAGUUCAAGCUAAUGUGCUCAAGCUAAUGUGUCCUGUUGAGAUUUAGAAAGAGAGAAAGCUGAGAAAUGGAGCUGCUUAGCUCAGACAUGCAUCACAGCAAUGUGAAUACAUUGCUUCUGGACUGACUUUCACUCACAUUCUGUGGGCUGCAAAGUGGAGCCCAGAAGCCUCAUGAGGUAAGCUAUCGCUGAGACAGAGAUCUAGAGAUCAGCCCUCAAGAUUACAGCUGAAAUGUGAUAUUAAAUAUCAUAUAUUAAAUAGCAUAAGUCAGAGUAACAAAUGCUUGUGGGAAUAUAGCACUUCCCAAACAUUGCAUUUCUUGUAGUAACUUCAGGUAUUGAAGUGUCCACCUUUUGAAACAUUAUUUCACACUCAGUAAAAAGCUUUUAGUAGUAUCCAUGACAUUUCCAUUUUAUCUAUUUUAGGAAAUAUCAUAAUCAACUGAUGGAUUUGAUUCUUACAUGUACAGUAUUUUUAUUGUAUAACAAGUUGAUGCAAAACUGUCAAAAAGAUGAAAGGCUGUUGCUAAAUCAGAUGGAUGUACAAGUUUCAGCUUGUAACUAGUAGUUUUGAUCCUCAUGCAAAAACUUGAAGGAAUAUCUAUAUUGCAGUCAAAUGUAUCAGAGCAGCUCUAGGAAACAAGCCUGAGCCAGCUUGGUAACUAUUAGCAGGGUACUUACAGUGGGGGAAAGUUCAGAACAAACUGCAAAACUCAUCCUGGCUCCUGUAUGUGCAUAUAUAUAUAUAUAAAUAUACACACAGUCAGUGGUUACCUGAUACUGAGCUCUGUAUUGCCACAGCCACAAGGCUGCUGGUACCCACUUAAGGAUAAAUUAUGGUUUUUAUUAGAGGAAAUCAGAUGCUUGACAAGUGAGGAUGUAUCGACUGAUAAUGUGCAGUAAGAACCGGUUUCGAAAUAUUAGAAAAUCAGUCGAUUGCACACCUCAAGAAUCAGAAUGAGAUGCAUUUUUUCCAAGAUUGCUUCUUACAAAAAGAAGUAGAUUCAGACAGAAAGUAAAAUGUGAAGUGUCUGAGACAUAUUGUGAGGUUUAUGCUGCUCAAGCCUAAGCUGUAACAAAGAAUUUCAAAAGAUGAGGCAAUUCUUAUUGCAGCAGGAGCUGUCAGGAAGGAGUUUUAUUGUAGGGACACCUUUUUGUUAACAGCUAGUCAUACUUGAAAAUGCAUAUGCACUUUUAGAAAGGAUCCAGCAAACACAAGUUACAGAGAAUGUAAUGACAGAUUCCGAUGAUGUAACUUCAGAAUUAAUGAGGGUACACUAAAGAUGUAAUACAUUAGAAAAGUAGGCCCUGAAUUUCACUUACAGGAAAGAUGUUUUGUCUUGCUGUAUUUAAAUCAAGUAAAAUUUCUCCAGUGGAGUAAAAGGUUGUACAUGUAGAUGAGUUUGUAGCUUUUUUAUUUUUUCAGCCAUAUUUACAAUUUGCUUAGUAUAAUCUGCAGACUGUGAUUAGAAAAUAUCUUGUCUCCAAGCAACUUGUGGCACUGCAAUAAAGUAUUUUAAAGAAACAAUUCAACAUUUGUAAUUUUAUCUUAUUGAAAAACAAUGGAGCUUUCAGUAUGUCUAGAAUUUCCAAACAAAAGUAAAUGUUCAGAUUUGUUGCUUUUGUAAUAGAUUUUUAAAGCACUUCUGCUUUGAUAUGAAUAAAGUUGAUGACAUGAAGCUCUUCAA